AUGGGUAUUUGGCUGUGUGGCAGGUAUAUAAAUCCGAGAAAACAUCCAGCAUCAUCGACCACGAUGGCUCGGUCAUGUGCUACGCAUGCUGAAACACUGUAUACCGAGACGAAUGUUGUUCCCCGUGCCUCCUCCAGGAUGGCGCAAACCAAAGGCGUGAAAGAGAUCACGGAGAGUUUGGGUGUUGUUGGUGUUGUACGCCUUCCAGGAUGGGGUCCCCGUGACCCCGCCCGUGCUUGGCUGGAGACAUUGCUAGAAAUAGCGGUUAAUCAAUGUCUGUGGCGUUUGCGCUGUCAGUUUCUAUCCAGAGUGGCUGGAGAUCUCUACCGCCGCCGCUCGGGCCACUUACUCCUCGGAAACCUUCAGCAAAACAUGGGGAAGGAUAGACCAGUGGUAUAUUUCUACGAUCCCGAAUGUGGGAACUUUCAUUACGGUCCCAAUCAUCCGAUGAAACCACAUCGACUAACAUUGACUCACACGUUGGUAGUCAACUACGGCCUUACAGACAGCAUGAAAGUCUACAAGCCCUACAGGGCCAGUUUGAAAGAUAUGAUCACGUUCCACUCGCAGGACUAUGCAGAAUUCUUGCGAGACGUUACUCCACACAACAUGCACACGUUUCCCAAAGAGAAGCUCCUUACCUAUAACAUUGGCGAAGAUUGUCCUAUUUUUGAUGGAAUUUAUCAAUUUUGUUCAAUCUAUACCGGGGCAUCAUUGCAAGCGGCGAAAUAUUUAAAUAAUGAGGUUGCUGACAUUGCAAUCAACUGGUCCGGUGGUUUACAUCAUGCGAAGAAAUUUGAGGUACGCUCCGCUUUUCAUCUAACUAAACUUCGUUAUUCUCAGGCGUCGGGGUUCUGCUAUAUCAACGACAUUGUGAUAGCCAUUCUUGAACUACUCAAGUAUCAUCCUCGAGUCUUGUAUAUCGACAUUGAUGUCCAUCAUGGGGACGGUGUGCAGGAGGCUUUCUAUCUUACUGAUCGUGUGAUGACAGUAUCAUUUCACCGCUACGGAAAUAUGUUCUUCCCCGGGACAGGCGACAUGUACGAAGUUGGCGCCAAAGCUGGCAAAUAUUAUUCGAUCAAUGUCCCUUUGAAAGAAGGCAUCGACGAUGAUAUGUAUUUCAACAUUUUCCGGUGUGUUGUCAACGACGUGGUUACCUAUUAUCGACCGACUGCCGUGGUUCUCCAAUGCGGUGCGGACUCUCUCGGUUGCGACCGGCUCGGUGUCUUCAAUUUAUCCAUACGGGGACAUGGACGUUGUGUGAAAAUGGUCAAAGCACUUGGACUUCCACUUUUGGUACUGGGCGGAGGUGGUUACACUGUUCGCAACGUGGCCCGCUGUUGGGCCUACGAGACUGCUGUACUGUUAGACCAAGAAGAUAAUAUAUCGAAUGACCUCCCCUACUCCCCCUACAUUGAAUUCUUUCACCCGGACUACACACUGCAUCCAGACCUGACCACCAAACUGGAUAACGCCAACACAAAGCAGUAUUUGGAGGCACUUCGUAACACCGUGCACGAUCACCUGAAGCAGCUGGUGCACGCUCCGAGCGUGCAGUUUACCGACGUUCCGGCUGACUAUUUGGAUACGUUCAGAAUGGAACUGGAAGAGGAACGCGAAAACCCCAAUGGGUGUUUGGCCAAAGAAGAAGAGGAGGAAUUGAUAAAUGCAUAA